AUGGGGAACAGGGCACACCGCUCCACAGAGCUGGCUCUCCGGCUAGUAGUAGCCCAGGUCCAGGAGGCGUGGAGACAGAAGGGUGCGGCAUCCCUAUUGCAACUGGACAUCUCAGGAGCCUUUGACACGGUCAACCUUACCCGACUGCUAGCAACUUUGCGAGAAAUGGGCUACCCGAGGUGGCUGGUCCUCUGGACGAGAGAUUGGUUGACCGGUCUAGAGGCCGCCCUUCGUUUCGACGGCCAGAGGGCGGUACCGCCGGCAAUUCGGGCAGGGGUCCCCCAAGGCUCACCCCUUUCCCCUGUUCUCUUCAUCCUCUACAUUUCCUCAUUAUACAAGCAGCUAAAAGACGAGCACUCUCACUUGGCUAUAACAGGGUUUGCGGAUGACACCAACCUCCUGGUAUUUAGUCGAAAACCCGAGGCCAAUGUCCGGCAACUAGAGGCGGCGUGGGAAACGUGUAUGCGAUGGGCGGACAGCCGGGGGAUGAAGUUCGCCCCGGAAAAGAGCGAACUCAUCCAUUUUAACAAAGGGCGACGGCAGUGGACCGAACAGGUAAACCUUGCCAACCCAUGGGGGGGCACUAGCCCCGUUAAACCAGAAGGGUCUGCCAGAUUCCUGGGAGUCUGGUUGGACUGGAAACUCAACUGGAAGGCUCACCUGGUGGCGGUAGAGAAGAAGAUGAGGACCCAGAGCUAUGCCCUGUCGAGAAUCGUGGCGGAGACGUGGGGAAUGGGGCUAGCUAAAGCGCGAGAAGUGUACACAAAGUGCAUCCGGUCGGCGCUGGCCUAUGGCGCAUCGUCGUUUCACAUCCCCACAGAUGUGGGAGGCGAGCCGGUAAAGAAAGGCAUCACUAAGGCCCUCGGGAAGGCCCAGAACAAGAGCUUGCGGAUCGUGGCGGGAGCCUUUAAGUCUACCCUCAUCCGUAACCUCGAGACAGAGACAUGGGUACCACCAUUGGACUUGUACCUGAACAAACGGCUUGCAGAUUUCGAAAACCGAGUCCAACAACCCGAUCUGGACGACGGUCAAGGCGGCAAGAAGACGGCGGGGAGCGUUGUCCUCACCGGCUGCCGCAAGAUACAGCAGAGACUUAGCUCGAGGAGGGGCAACAGGGGCCGACCGCGAACCUUGGGACCUCAGGGGCCUACGGCGGUGGAGAGGGCCGCGGGCACGGUCAUGCGCUGGACGGGGGGAAUCGUUGAUACGAACAGGGUAGUAGAAGAGGCUUGGAAAGCGAGAUGGUUAAAGGAACGGGACGGCAGGGCGAUCACUAGGCCGGCGGACGACUUUGACCAUCAGCAGGAGACGCUAUUCCGGAACGAAACCCUUAAGGAGGCACGAUGGUCUCAGCAAGGCGAAGAGCUCACUGCUGAUUCAAAUCCGGACGGGAGCAAUAGGACUACGGGACUUCUUGUUCACACGGGGAGUCCCGGAGGUCCUGACGCCUGCCUGCGAGUGUGGCGAGGGACGAGAGACUGCCGAACACCUGGUAGUGUGGUGUUUGGCCCCACCGUUGGCUCGAAGAUGGGAGAGGACUGGAAUUCGGACACGACGGGACUUUUACUCUGUUCUACACGGUAUCAAUCCCACGACUGCACGGCUCGCGAGGAGGAUCCUCGACUGGCUGAUGGACACGGGGAAGUUGCCGAUGUACAGCUUAGCCAGGAGGCUCGAGCUGGAAACGGCGGCCUGAAGCGCCCCCGUUCGGAGGCCAGGAGGCCUCCUCUCUUUGUAUAUGUAGGCUCACUAAAACGCAUCGCUCCUUGA